AUGUCGAAAAUCCAAUUUGAUUGCGAGCUAAUGCUUCAGCCCUUCCCUGAAAGGCUGCUAACUGACGCUGAGAGUUUCCAUGUACUUCAGGAUGCUGAAGCGAGACCUGUCAUCCUAUGCAUCGCGUCUAACCUCUCGCUGCUUAUGGUAGCCCCAGACGAACUUGGGCAAAACCAAGUUGUCAACUUGUCUGAGAAGCUGAAUCUUACAUCAAGCGUCAAAUCACUGGCCGUCACUCAGGACCAUGCUGAUGCCAACAAGGUUUAUCUCGUGAUUGCUACAGGAGGGCAGAAUCAUGCUACUAGCUAUCUACACAUCCUGCAGCCUUUCCAAAUUGAAACCGGAUCGUGGUGGGAGAGGCUUGACUGGCCAUCUCUAUUGAUGAAGCCGGUGAAAGAUGGACAAUAUGAGGUUCACAAACUGUUACUGGCAAGCCGUUGUGACGAAGGGAAAGACUUUCCGUUUCUUGCGGCCGAGACGGCUGUUCCUGGAGUGCCUAAGCACAAUGUAUCACUUGUCAAGGUUGAUACAGCAUCGAGCCAGUGGCAGUGGGAGUCGGACUCCUCGGUACUACCAUUUGAUGUUUCCGAGAUCGAUUGCCUCUGCGUUGCAUCCAGUCUCUUCACUUCAGGAAUUCUGUACCUGGACAAAACCCAAGGCCAGCCAACUGUUACCUUUACGGAUCUGCGCACCACGGGUGGCCCUGCCUUCUUCUACAACUUGCCUAUCCUCCCAAAUCCGACGUCCAUCGCAACCAUCGCCGAUCCUGAUGGUGCCAGCAACGUCCUAAUCACGGGAGAUGGGGGCAUUCUACAUGUGCCGGCACAGGAUUGGAGCGCCUCAGUUCCAGUUGGUACCACGUGGGAGCCAACUCUGGGUGACACAGCGUUCCAGGGUGCUCAUGAGGUUCAUGUCGCCCAAGAUGGUCUCUCCUCCACAGUGUGGGCUAUCAACGGUGACGGACAUAUUGUUGGUCAAAACACCAGGCUAGUGCCUAGGGUUGGUGACCCAGGAGUUCUAGAUCUUAAGGCGGCAGGCAAGGCCAUUCCUCUAUUUCCCACAAAUGACGCCAUCCGUCACUUCGAGGCGAUCAAAGAUGCGAAAACUGGAAGGCGGCAGCUUUUCGUGUUGAAGACUGGAGGCUCAGUGACUUGGUUUGAUCAAGCUGGUGACUCGGACCUGUGGUCUUGUUCAGACUUGCGUAUCCCAGACGUGGAGGAAAUCAAGGAUGUAACUGCAUAUACAUGUCAGAUCCAGUGUGUUGACCAAGAGGGUGCACCUCUGGCCGAUACUGAGCUCAGAAUCUCGACUUCCAGCCAGGUACGCGGUGCUAUUGACGGUGAAGUAGUCUACCUAGGCCGAAACUCCAGACCGGUCCAAACAAAUGAAGAGGGCAACAUUACCAUCAGCAUCCCUACAAGUGAUCUGGUGGUGCCAACAAUCACAAUUAGGGGUCCGGGAUUACCUGAGACAUCUUUCAGACCAGCCGACAAAGUCAUCAAGAAGCUAUCAAACCUUGCGCAAAGUGGUAAAUUAAAGGAUGCACGCAACAAAGACGGCUCACUGCUUUUCCCCAAACUCAACGACGAGGCAACAAAGUCAAUUGGCGAGUUACACAAUACAUACAGUCAGCAAAAUGAAGGAACAUUCGACCUUCUUGCACUUCAAAAAGGAGAUAGCUGGUCAUCAAGCGACUGGGGCUUCCUCCAAGGCCUUGUUUCCGGCGUCGAAAAGGUCGUUGACUUCGUCUGUGAAGCUGGAAGAUUAAUUGUCAAUACUGCCAAGAAUGUCUGGAACUUCAUUGUCAAAACGGCUGAGCAGGCACUCAAGGCCAUCUCCAGCGUAUUCGAGUGGGUUGGCGCCAAGAUCGAGGAUGCCCUUGUGUGGCUGGCAGAGCAGCUGGACUGGGAAAGUAUCAUGGAUGUGCAGCUGUUUCUAAAGUCUCUGGUCUUGACAGGCCUGAAUUGUGUCGAAGACAUGGUCGCCAUGGGUAGCGAACGACUUGAUCAUGUCUUGGAGCUUGCCGAAAAAGAGGUCGGAUCUUGGCACUCACCUCCAGCGGUUCCAAAGGCAUUUGCGAAUCAACGCCUCGAAGCAGAUCCGGAAAAAAAUAAAGACAAGGCGAGCGUCAUGAGCAACCCAAUGUACACAUGGGCACAGUCAAAGUUGCAGGACAAGAAAGUCCGCAAGUCAAUGGACGUCAAGGGUUCGGAACCGGGACAGUCUUCAUCCUCCAACGUAUUUGACAUGAUCUUUGAGAAAUUAUUGAAGCCUCUUUGGGAAACAUUGGGAGACACCGCGGAGAAUAUCUGGCAAGAUCUCAAAAGGCUAUUCGAGAGCGGGUCGACUCUCACAGUAGCCGAUAUAUUCAAGAACGUGGGCGUCGAUUUACUCGUUGGGAUUAUCCGUGCUGUUCGAACGAGCGCUAGCUUUCUCUUCGAAGUGAUUCUAAAGAUAGUGUCACUUUUCCGGUCUGUUUUCAACACCAAAAUGAAUAUUUGGGUCCUGACCAAGCUCUACAAGCGGGUGAGCGGGGGAGACGACCUCACAUUUCUAGACUUGGCAUGUCUUGUUGUUGCUGUCCCAACAACAUAUCUGUUCAAGUUGUUCACUCUUGGAAAGAAACCUCGAUCUGUCCCCGUCUUUGCGAAACUUCUCUCAGAGUUAAGAUCCUCAUCACCUGCUUUUGACUCCCUCGCCCCGAGCAAACAAUUUCAUGUGAGUUUUGCGAAUUUGGAGUCUGGUCAUCGUCCGGAAGGUCUUGACCGCAAAUCUAGUGCAACAUGGGGUGGUGAACAUAUCGCUACCACAAUCCACCGAAACGUUGAAAACAAUGCUAAUAUUUCACGCUUCGUCCGAAUUUGCCGGCUUGGCAUGGUGAUAACAUCUUGCUUGAUGCCAGCCUAUACGGCCUACGAUACAUUCACCACUUCAAAGACCUGGUCAACCGCACUUGACCGUGAAGGCCCAGGUGAAGGCAUUUCCAUCUUCCAGCAAUUUUCGCCAACAAUCGGCCUGGUCGGCUACAUUGUGACGCUUGGCACUUCUGCCGUUGCGGUACUGCACAAAACCAACUCCAAACGCGAUAACUGGGCAAUUGGAAUGAGAUGGGCUCUCUGGUUAUUCCAAGGCAGUCUCAACUUGAUCAAGUUAAAGGCACCCAAGGAGAAUAAGCCCCAUUGGUGCUUAGGCAUUGCUGUUAUUGACAUAGUCGGUUAUUCUUGCGUGCUGUACGUCGAGGAGGAUCAGGAGGAGACCGAUACUGUUGUGGAAGCUUUACAAAGGUACUUGGAAGGUGGAUGGGCCUUGGGGAGCUAUUUCAACUGUCUCACUAGAGGAGGUCAGCCACAUCUUCGAAUCGCUACCAUUGCCGCGGGAGGGGUAAUGACCGUCAGCAACUUGGUUGCGGCUGGAGCUAAUGUCAUAUACUAUAGCAACCAUAGUGAGGACGAUGAUUACAUACCCCCUUCGUGGUCGAACUCACUAUCGGGCUCUUUAGCAUAG